CAGCUGUGGGGCGGCCCCAUGCUGCUCAGGAACUUGUUUUCAUCCCCCCUCGCGCCAGCCAGCGCCAACUCUACAUCCUCCAACUGCCUCCUUCAUAACCGCCAUGAAGCCCAAAGGAGCUCCUCCACGGAGGCCGCGCCGCCGGGACGCUGAGGCGGGAGCCGCCCCGUACCGGCGACACGUGGAGCGCGCGGAGGCCGAGCAGCGGCCGCACCGACAGCCCAAGGGGGUCCGCUCGGCUUUUCGGGCCGACCGCUACCGGCCCCUCGAUGAGCAGGAAGUGAAGGAGGAGAAGAAGACCAGGGAGGAGAAGUACAAAAAAGUCCAGAAGAAUGUGGGCAAAGCGCUGAGGUCCACGUGGAAGUGCCUGAUGCUCGGCCUGUACCAUUUCGCUCUGGGCUAUUCCGCGCCCAUCACUGUGGUCGCCACCUUUGUGCCGGACUUCAGCCCUGCGAGGAACAGAACCGGAACAAACCAGAAUAAAUGAAGUGAAACCAUGAUGAAAAUGUUUUGAAUCGAGUCGCACCUUUUGGCCUAUCGCUGGUGGGCCUGAAAUGUAUCCCCCGCCAUAAACGGGGCUUCAUUGUCGUUUGCAAGGACUCGUAUUCAUUGUCCACAGUCGCAGCAUGUUUGUUUCCCUGCCUUGUAACUGCAAAUUUUCCUUGUAAUAUUAUGACUUUAUUUUCAUAAAAUGAUUACUUUUUCUUCACAGAAUUACAACAUUAUUGGAAUAUUAUGACUUUAAUAUCAUAUUGUAAUGAUUUUAUUUUUUAUAAAAUGAAUUCUUUCCUGCAUAUACAACCCCAAUUCCAAUGAAGUUGGGACAUUGUGUUCGACAUAAAUAAUAACACAAAUAAAAUUGUGGACGCCGUCGUGUCCUCCGGGCCAAAGAGGAAAAGAACCAUCCGGACCGUUAUGGACGCAAAGUUCAAAAGCCGGCAUCUGUGACGGUAUGGGGCUGUGUUAGUGCCAAUGGCAUGGGUAACUUACACAUCUGUGAAGGCACCAUUCAUGCUGAAAGGUACAUACAGGUUUUGGAGAAACAUACGCUGCCAUCCAAGCAACCUCUUUUUCAUGGACGCCCCUGCUUAUUUCAGCAAGACGAUGCCAAACCACAUUCUUGCACGUGUUACAACAGCGUGGCUUCGUCGUAAAAGAGUGCGGGUACUGGACUGGCCUGCCUGCAGUCCAGACCCGUCUCCCGUUGAAAACGUGUGGCGCAUGAUGAAGCGUAAAAUACGACAACGGAAACCCCGGACUGUUGAACGGCUGAAGCUGUACGUCGAGCGAGAAUGGGAAAGAAUUCCACCUACAAAGCUUCAACAAUUCGUGUCCUCAGUUCCCAAACGUUUAUUGAAUGUUGUUCAAAGAAAAGGUGAUGUAACACAGCGGUAAACAGGACCUUGUCCCAGUUUUUUUUGGACUGUGUUGCAGCCAUCAAAUUAUAAAUUCAUGAUUAUUUGCUAAAAACAAAGUUGAUCAGUUUGAACAUGAAAUAUCUUGUAUUUGUAGUGUAUUCAAUUCAAUAUAGGUUGAACAUGAUUUGCAAAUCAUUGUAUUCUGAUUUAUUUGUUUAACACAACGUCCCAACUUCAUUGGAAUUGGGAUUGUACAUUUAUCAUUAUGAUGAUUAUUGUUAUUAUUGCUAUCAUUAUAAUAAUUAUUAUUAUUAUUAUG